AUGAUAAAAACUUCUCAAUUUUUAAAUGAAUAUGAUGAGUAUAAAACUGAUUCACUAACACCGAUAAGGGAUUAUAAAAAUGAUUAUUUUCAUAAGUAUGAUGAUAAAAUACCCAUUUCGAAUAGGUUCCCACUAAGAAACCAUUCAUUAUUAAGAAGUAAUCAAAAAUCAGUAUCAGAGAAAGUGUUAAAAAGACCGAAUAUUCUAGAUUUACAAGAUAUUAGCGAACCACUACCAAAAAGACAUAAUUCACCUUUGAAUUUAAAAAGUUUCGAUGAUAAACUCUAUAUAAAUUCACCGUUGACUGCCGAUACAAAAUCUUCACCGAAACUUGAUAAUUAUCUUUCUCAAAUCAAGAAACUCCAUGAAUCUGAAUCUAUAUAUUUACAAAAACUUUGUUUUAUAACUGAAAUCUACAGGAAGAGAAUGCAUACCUCCAAACAAUACAAAAACAAAAUAUUAGAAAUAAAUUCCUGCGAUGAAGUAUUGUUAUUUGGGAAUAUUGACACAUUCACUUCCAUUUGCGAACUUUUUAUUCGUGGCAUAGAGAGUAGUAUCAUGAAUAUCAUUGGUGAGAAUAAAUUUGACAGUUCUAUCUGGAAUACUAUCUCUCAAAAUGAAACAAAAUUAAACUUAAUAGUCAAUACUUUUAAUCUUGGAAAAUUAAUGAACUUAAAUUACCUGAGAAUCAAAUCCACAUAUUUAAGUUACUGCGUUACACAUAAAAAACAAAUGGAUUUACUCAACUUUAUCACAACAGACAAUACUGGGAUCUUUGAAAAGUGGAAUAAAGAAUGUUUUAUGGAAAGUAAUGGCUCUUCAUUAUCGUCACUAUUAAAGUUACCUCUUUCACGACCAAAGGAUUGGCUGGGAGCUAUAGAAAACAUUCUGUUUUAUCUUCCAUCUACUGAAGAAAAUAGCCUUGUUAAAGAGUCACUUAUUAAGAGCAAAUGCCAGUAUGAAAAUUUUGUAGAAAACUUGAAUAAUGAAAUGAAAGAAUAUGAACAAAAUGAAAUAUACAAUUAUUCACUCACUCCAAUAGAAAUCAUCCAAGAUUAUGGUAAUUUCAAUGUAUAUGAGACCAAUAGCAUUCAUACAGCAGACAAACUCCCAACGCAAAAUAAGAAUGGCACUAAUUUGUUACCAAUCAGAGAAGAAAGGUCAGCAAACUCGUAUUAUAGUACCUCAAGCAAAUACUCUUCAUAUUAUGGGAAAUCACCAACGUCACCAUUAGAUAAAAUAACCAGUUAUCCUAAAUUUACGAAAUAUGUCACAAAUGAAUCGAAAAGCAAAAAUCUCAAUUCUAUGACUCUCUCUGAUUUCAUACAUUUAUUUAAAAAAAUCCGUAAGCAAUCAAAAUCAUUGUAUAAAACCAUCAAUGUUUGCAAUUAUGAGGGCCUUGUCGAUUUGAACACUACAUAUUUCAGUUGCUGGUUGUCGAUGAUGAAUUCUUUCCCCAAUUCAAGAUCUCUUAACCCAAUUAUUGAAAAAUGGCUUGCCCACAAACAAUAUUUAAAGUUGCAGAAAGAAAAAAUUGUAUCAUGGAAAAUACUUGAAUUGCAGCUGAAAGUAUUGGAUCCUUUAGAACAACUUUUAGAGAAAAAUUCAUGCAUUUACAAUACAAUAAAAGAUUUUGAAGCCCUGAAAAAGGAUUAUUACUCCUUUCUCAAAAGUCAUAAAAAACCACAGAAUAUUCAACAUGAGUUAUUAGCAAAACAUUUCAUCAUGUUACAGCAGAAACUCCUGACUGAACUACCUAUUUAUAUAGACUUAGUGCAUCACAUUGUACAUCUAACAAUAACCAACUAUGUCAAUUGUCUCUUACACUAUUUCGAAAGCUUAAUAGGAGACUCAACCGAAUUAAAACUACAACUAAAUGAUAUAACAAAUAAUGAAUUAAAUCAAAGACCAAAUCUUGAUAUUGUGGACAAAUUUACGAUCGCUAGAUAUAAAAAUAAAUGUCAAGUUCAUGAAGCAAAAAUUGUGCCAGAGUCUUCAAAGAUAUUAAGAAAAUUCUUUGAAUUAUGA